GUGAAGAUCAAUGUGCAUCUCGGAAAUGAUGGUUGACUGGUUUGAAUUUCUGAAAAAAUAUAGAAAGUGUCGGUGGGAUUUGGAAUAAUAUUUCCAUUCAAUUUGUUGAUUUCCGUGUUGUUUGCUUCAAAUUUGACGGUCUCUCUCUCUACCUCUCACGUUCGCACGUCUGUUCACUGAUCACUUAACCACCUUUUAGACCUGCAAAGAGGUGAGUAUCAAGGUCGCCAGUUUGCGGAUCGAGCAAGUGGCCUGCCAGCGAGGAACUUCUGAGGACCAACAGUCAUUGUGCCUUUCUCGCACUCAAACAGCCCGAAAUUCUCUCAGCUACCUACCACCACUUACUUCCAGAAAUACCUACCUCACUUCCCCAUCCUGCCCACUUGCGCCUUCCUCAUUUUUAAGGGUAGGACCAUCACCCCUCAUUCACUGCGAUCUAGCUAUUUGUUUUCUUCUAGAAACAAGACGGGGGACUUCUAACAUUAACAUACUGCCAAACCAUGGCAUCUCCUCGGCUGGAGGGCGAUCCGUCUGGGAAGGGCACCGGUGUGCCUGCCGACAUGAACUCCGGCUCUUUAAUCGAGCUUGCAGAUUCUCGUGACAACAGCCCCGAUGAUGAGAUGGAUGAUGACAGCGACUAUGAUGACGACAAGAGCCACGGCACAGCUACUGAUAGCCUGCCUAUGAAUAUGUCCCAGAAGAGACGGGCAGACGUUGCGGCGUUUGAUCAGUGGAUUGAAAACAACCAAGGACAGCUCUCAGAAGCGUCUAGAAAUUGCCCAGCUCGCGGCGAUAAGAGGUUGGUCCAUGGUCUGGUCGGUGGCAUAGCAAGGGACCUCGACAAACAGAGAAUCAUCACCAGCCCCCGAGACUACCAAAUCGAGUUGUUCGAAAAGGCAAAGCAACAAAACACCAUCGCUGUUCUUGACACUGGUUCGGGCAAGACACUUAUUGCCGCGCUGCUAUUACGGUGGACUAUCGAGAAAGAACUUGAAGACCAGGCCAGCGGAAAACAGAGGAGGAUCUCCUUUUUCCUGGUCGACAAGGUCGCCCUGGUUUUCCAGCAGCAUUCUAUGCUCGAAUGCAACCUAGACCACCCCAUUGAGAAGUUCUGCGGAGAGAUGGUGGAUCAUAUUUGGAGAAAGGAACUAUGGGACAAGGCAUUUGCCGAAAACAUGGUCAUCGUCUGCACUGCAGAAAUACUCUACAAGUGCCUGCACCACUCGUAUAUCCAGAUGAGCCAGAUUAACCUCCUGAUCUUUGACGAGGCUCACCACACAAAGAAGAACCACCCCUAUGCCCGGAUCAUAAAGGACUUCUAUGUUCAGGUUGAGGACCAGGACAGGCAACCCAGGAUCCUUGGCAUGACGGCAUCCCCGGUAGAUGCCCAGGUGGACGUCCACCGAGCCGCAGCUGAGCUCGAGGGCCUACUUCAUAGCCAGAUUUCAACUAUUGCCAACCCUGAUUUCCUGCUGAGAACAAUCUGCAAGCCGAAAACGGAACUUGUCCUUCCAUACGCCCGGCUGCUCUCACCCUGGGAGACCGACCUCUACCAGUCCCUGAAGCAACUUCUUGAUGGCCAUAGCCUAUUCAAGAGACCUCUGGUGUUUUCGAAGGAUGCCACAUCACAGCUCGGGCCGUGGUGUGCCGAUCGGUUUUGGGCGCUGUACAUGAGAGAGAAGGACGGACCUAAACUGGAAGCUAAGAUAGAGCGGAACUUCCUCCACAACGGACCUUCAAACUCGAACCUGGAGAACCACCUGGAUCAGGUUCGAGAGGCGAAGGAGGUUGUUAAAAACUUCCAGCCCGCUCCCGUGGCCGUCGACCAGCGUCUUCUUUCGUCGAAAGUUAUUGAGCUCAUAAACAUUCUCAAAGACAAAUUCGGCGACAGGGACGCGAGACCGAGAUGCAUCGUGUUCGUUCAGCAGAGAUGGACCGCCAUGAUGUUGGCUGACCUGUUCCAGCAACCCGGCAUAGAGAUACCGGGCCUGAAAGUCGGAGUCUUGGUGGGAGUCAAUCCUGCCGACUCGGGAGAGACCAGGGUCUCGUUCCGAGAUCAUGUCCUGACAAUUGUCAAGUUGAAGAAGGCAGAACUGAACUGCAUCUUCGCGACCUCGGUGGCCGAGGAAGGGCUUGACAUCCCUGACUGCAACACCAUCAUCAGGUUCGACCUCUACAAUACGAUGAUUCAAUACAUCCAAUCUCGUGGCCGGGCUCGCCACGAGGAUUCGCAGUACAUCCACAUGGUCGAGCAAGGAAACGGUAUCCAUAACAGAAAGGUGAUCCAGAACAAGGCCAACGAGCAAACGCUGCGAAGGUUCUGUGAGUCCAUGCCUGAAGAUCGAAGGCUGACAGGAAACGACUUCGACAUGGACUACUUCUUGAGGAAGGAGAGGCAACAGAGGCAAUACACUGUGCCGUCAUCGGGGGCAAGACUGAACUACAAAUCGAGUUUGGUCUGCCUUGCGAACUUUGUGGCUUCGCUUCCUCACUCACCGGAGACGAUCUUGUUGGCCGAUUACAUGGUUACUUCGGCGCCCGACGGGUUCCAGUGCGAAGUCAUCCUGCCCAGCGAGUCUCCUGUACGGAGCGCCCUUGGGAGACCACACUCCACCAAGCAAGUUGCCAAGUGCGCAGCAGCGUUCGAGAUGUGCCUUCAGCUUAUCAAGGGCAAGUAUCUUGACGAUCACCUGCAGCCAGUUUUUACCAAGAAGCUACCUGCCAUGCGCAACGCCAGGCUGGCCAUCGGCUCCGGCAGCCAGAGCAGGUACAACAUGCGCAUCAAACCGGAGAUCUGGUCGUAUCUUGGCGUUCCACAGGAGUUGUAUGUCGCGGUCCUGACCCUGUCGAAGCCAGAGUCCCUCGGCCGGCCAUCUCGGCCCCUGCUGUUACUUACCAGGCAGGCCAUCCCCCAGGUUGCGCGAGUUCCUUUAUUCUUCGGAGAGGACCGCUCCUCAGAUGCUCACUGCGUUUCGAUCUUUCGACCCAUCCAGGCUGACCAAGAUAUGCUUGGAUGUCUCACGGCUUUUACCUUGAAGAUCUUCGAAGAUAUCUUCAGCAAAGAAUAUGAGAAUGGCGUUGCCGAUCUGCCUUAUUUCCUUUGCCCGUCGAAAUAUGGACACGAUUUUAAUUUCUCGGCUCACGACGAUACACGGGACUUCAUUGAUUGGGACACGCUAGAAUAUGUGGCGAAAACCGACAAGAUCAAGAGUCUUGGGGACGAGCCUGAUGAAUUCUUCCGAGACAAGUUUGUGGUUGACCCCUGGAAUGGUUCUCACAAGUUCUUCCUUCGCCACCGUCGACAUGAUUUGAAGCCACAGGACCCUGUUCCCGCCUCCGUUGUCCCGCUGCAACGCCGAGGUUGGAAGUCGACAACGCAGAACAUUAUCAACUACAGCGUGAGCUUAUGGACCAAGUCGCGGACACGUGCCACCUGGAAAGAAGAUCAACCGGUUGUGGAGGCCGAGCUGCUUCCGAUCCACCGCAACUUCUUAGACGACACCAUCGAUGACCAGAAGUUCAAGGCUCAACAGUGCUUCCUGAUCCUCGAGCCACUCCAAAUCUCACCUUUACCUACAGAUAUCGUGGCGAUGGCCUGUACCUUUCCUGCGAUCAUACAUCGGAUAGAAUCAAACCUCAUCGCCUUAGACAUGUGCAGGGUGCUUGGUCUUCCGAUCCGGCCCGAUCUUGCGCUGGAGGCCUUUACCAAGGAUAGUGACGGAGCAGGAGACGAGCACAAUCCGGAAGAGGUCACCUUCCAAGGGGGCAUGGGCAACAACUAUGAGAGACUGGAGCUUCUGGGCGACUCUUUCUUAAAAAUGGCGACUACGAUUGCUAUUUUCACGCUCAAUCCAGACCAUGGCGAGUUCGAGUACCACGUAUCGAGGAUGUUGCUCAUCUGCAACAAGAAUCUCUUCAAGCAUGCCAUAGAGAUGAAGCUUCACGAACAUAUCCGCUCAAUACCGUUCUGCAGACGAACCUGGUACCCCGAGGGUCUAACCCUCAAGAAGGGCAAGAGGAAAGCUGCCAAAACCUCGCACGUACUUGCGGGCAAAUCCAUUGCCGAUGUUUGCGAAGCCGUCAUCGGAGCUGCGUAUCUGACAACCUGGGAGGAGGGGGACUUCGACAUGGCGGUCCAAGCAGUCGCAACGAUGGUGAAGGACAAAUACCACCCCAUGACUAGCUGGUCCGAUUACUACGCGGCGUACAAUAAGCCGGCGUGGCAGACGGCACAAGUUACCCCCUUACAGGAUGACAUGGCCCGUCGGAUAGCCGCCAAGUUGGGCUACACCUUCAAGCACCCCCGUCUCCUCCGCUGCGCCUUCAUGCACCCUUCGUAUCCAUCCCGCUCCUACGAGAAGCUACCCAGCUACCAGCGUCUCGAGUUUCUUGGGGACGCACUCCUCGACAUGGUCUGCGUCGACCACCUCUUCCACCGGUUCCCCGGCGCCGACCCGCAGUGGCUGACCGAGCACAAGAUGGCCAUGGUCAGCAAUCAUUUUCUAGGCUAUCUCGCCGUCUCACUGGGCUUCAACAAGAACCUCGUAACCUUUGACGGCGCCGUCCAGCGCGAUGUGCACCUGUACGUCACCGAGGUCACCGGGGCCCAGGCCCAGGCCCAGGAGGAUGCCGUCCGGGCCGGUCGGGACGCGGCCGACUUUGCGCGCGACUUUUGGGUCCGGUGCUCGCAGCCGCCGAAGUGCCUUCCCGACGUUCUGGAGGCGUACGUGGGCGCCGUCUUCGUCGACUCGGGCUACGACUACGGCCAGGUCCGGCGCUUCUUCGCCGACCACGUCCAGCCCCACUUCGCCGACAUGCGGCGCUACGACACCUUCGCCAGCAAGCACCCCGUCACCCUCCUGGGCAGCCUGAUGCAGCUGCGCUUCCACUGCGAGGAUUGGCGCCUCCUCGUGCGCGAUCUGCCGCCCGGCGGUGGCGGCGGCGACGGCGGCGCAGAAGGCGACCUCGCCGCCGCCGGCGCCCGGUCAGAGGCCGUGGUCUGCGGCCUGCGCGUCCACGACACCACGCUCGCGCACGCCGUCGCCGCGAGCGGGCGCUACGCCAAGAUCGCAGCCGCCAAGAAGGCCGUCGCCGAGCUCGAGCCCAUGGACCCGGCCGAGUUCCGCGCCCGCUUCGGGUGCCGCUGCCGGGCCGAGGAGGACGGCGUGGCGGUGGCGGGGGCGGUGGCGGUGGCAGAUGUCCAUGGGUCAGCCAUCUAAUGGCGUUUUGAGUUAUGGUUGCGGAUGACCCUGCAUCCCUCAUUCAUUACCUGCUGUGAUGCACUGUGAGGUAGGGGAGAAAAGGGGGAGCGGGAGGGUUGCUAAUUCGAGAGUGAACCAUGGGUGAGCGGAGCGCAGGCUGACCCCGUCUAAAAUGCGGAUGCAUUGAAUGGGUUUGCAGGGGGCUCGUGGGCGUCCGGUUUGAUUUGAUACCCGUUGGCGUGGAAACUCGUCUUUCAGGGGGCCCAUUGAUUCCACGUCUGACUGCGCAUAAUAAAACCGAGGGUUGCCCUCAAUUGGUUCACCCUGGAGCUUGCCUGUGACAGCGCACUUUUAACAUGCAAGUCCCAAGAAAAUCAAAUAUUGAG